UAUAAAAACCUGAUCGGAUCAGCAGUUGCGGGCACUUUGGGCGGCAAUAACGCCCACUCGGCUAACAUUGUGGCCGCCCAUGUGGACAGGACCCUGCAUUGCAUAACACUGAUGAAAGUGAUUGGUAAUGAUCUGCACGUGUCGUGUACGAUGCCGUCCAUUGAAGUGGGGACUAUAGGCGGGGGAACUGUACUCCAGCCACAGGGGGCUUGUCUUGAGGUUAAUAACCUAUUGGGAGUGAGGGGUGCGUCUGAUAUAGCGGGCUGUAAUGCGAGUGAAUUGGCGGCCAUAGUGUGCGCCACUGUAUUGGCCGCUGAACUCUCGGCAAUGUCUGCCCUAUCGGCCGGACAUUUGGUCCGUUCGCAUAUGAAACACAACAGAUUAAAAAUUAAU